AAUCAAUGGCUCGAUCGAUCAAUCAAUCUUGUCUGUAUAAGGCACAAUAACAGAAAUUUGUCGUCGGCUCACACAAGGAACAAUGAAGACGCAUCACGAGUAGAAGAAGAACAAGAACCGAUUAUACACACACACACACAUGUGUAUAUAAUUAUAUAAAAUAAAAUACAUACACACACACCCUUUGAACAAAAUAAUGCGAAAUAAUAUGUAAUAUGGAGUCGAAAGAAAGAAGGAAAGAGCCAAAGAGAUAUCAACAUAAAAGCAGCCAGAACGAAAAUCACAACUUCAUAAAUAAAACAACAUAAACAUGAAAACUUAGUGAGCAGACUACAAUAACAUCUCGAACAGUGGAAUCGAAGGAAUGUUUGCCUUUCUUUCUACGUUAUCAUCAGUGAAUAAGCAGCUCAUAAUUCAAUGGGAAUCGAUGAGCAGGCAGAACAAAUUCACCCCUUCGUCUUUUGUCUUGAAACUUCCUACAACAUUAAUCUCUAUACAAUGUCCUGUUCUUUCUGAUAUUCUACCUUUUGAUUUCAUGUUAGUGGAAUAACGACAUCUUCUUUCAUUUCUCGCUUAUUUUUCAUCAGAAGGGUUAUAGGUUUCCUCCAGCUGUGACUGACACUUUUUCUUCUCUUUUAACACUCGUGUCCGCUCCGCCUGUGAGAUUUAUUCUAGUGAUAGACUGACUUCUAAUGCUCUAAGCUUUUGCUGUACAAAGAAACCGCAAUACGUGCACGUCACCGGUUCUUCUGCGCAGGCCCAGAGGACACCACGAUCUGCGCAUGCGUAUGGUGGCGGGGGGAUCGCAGGGGAGGGAAAAGGGGGUAUGUGGACCGAAUGCGUGGGUUACCAAUGGCCUGGAGUUUGCUAUAUAAGCAGCUACUGUGUCUGGAUUCGGCCACUCGUCCGACAAGAGAGCAAACAAGUUUUGCCAAGCAAGCGACCUACCAAGUCCUUGUGGUCAACAGACAACUUCGCUGUCACCACAGACCGAGCUACCAUCAUCCUACAACCCUAGCCUGCCAUCUGUCUAGUUCCAUCUUUCGCCAAGCCAAUAAGAUGAUGCGCGUGGCUGUUGCUAUGUCUCUCCUGGUGGUGUCCUUCCUGUGUGUGGCAACGACAGCAUCGCCAGUGUGGAAGCCCCAGGGCAGGUUCGGAAAGCGGCUUGACUCCAGCUCCCUCCUGCUCGAUUCACUGAAGACGCCUGUGAGUGGAGAAAUUGAGUUUCCCGUAGAAACCUUGGCUUCUAGUGAGCGCCCAAGCUUUCUUCGCGUAAUGGUCAGACCAUGCACAGUCAGCGGGGUGGCUGGCUACCCACCAUGUGGCUGGAACGCGGCCGUGGCAGAGGAGUCCACGGGAAGCAUCUAAAUCCAAAUUUUCCAGUGACCCAGUGCCUGAGGCCAGCAACACUCAACUCGCUUUUUCUGUUAUGAACAUUUCUCCCUGCCAAUCUUGCAAUAAAAACAUGAACUAAAAAUAUAGAA